AUGUCUCUCGAAGAAAAGUUCCGCGCAGCGGUCAAUGUCAUCAGAAGCUUACCAAAGAGCGGGUCGUACCAGCCCAGCAAUGAGCUGAUGCUGCGAUUCUACAGCUACUUCAAGCAAGCGACCGAGGGUCCCUGCCUCAAGGACAAGCCGGGCUUCUGGGACGUCGUCAACAGAGCGAAAUGGGAAGCGUGGAACAAACUGGGAGACAUGACCAAGGACGAGGCGAUGCAGGCCUACGUGAACGAGUUACACAAAGUAAGUGACCCACGACACAUGACCUCCGCCGUACAGGUCACCAGUAUAAGGAUUCAGUUCAAUAAUGUAUUACAAUACACAUUGUUACACCGACUGGUCAAAGAAUUGACUGAAGAAACAUUUUUAACUUGUAUGUAUUGUGUAUGUGCGCGUGUCCAUUGUCCGUGUGUGUUCGUCCGUCAUCAGAUAGUGGAGACGAUGUCGUUCAACUCGGACGUGGCGUCCUUCUUGUCUGUGGAGGACGGCUCGUCGUUCCCGAGCGCGGACCUGCAGCUGGUGGCCGGGGACGUGCUCGGGAGGGGUCGCUCCGCUGAGAAUUCACCUGACUUCUCUCGUUCAGUGAGCGGGUCAUCGUCCCCGGUCCGGAGCGCGUCUCCGGCCACGACGCGGACACGACACGACUCCGACGACGAGUUCAUUGACACGGAAGACGUUACUGCAAACGAGCAGGUAGUAGUGGAGCACCAGCACCAGCGACACUCACAGGCUCCUCGCCUCAGUAACGGACACGCGCACCAGAUAACAUCACAACUGACACACCUCAAAGUGUUGGAGCAGCUGCCGGGCGUGUUGAACAGACUGGAGGCGGACGUGGCCGCGCUGAGGAAGGCUGUGGAGGGAGACAGGAGGAUACUAGACCAAGUGUCGAGCGGGUGGCGCUGGCCGUGGCAGGAGCUGAGUCCGCCGACUUUACUGCUGGUGCUCGUGUGGCCUCUCAUACUGUACAGACUGACGGCGCGCAGGCAGAGGGCGGCCUAG